CGUACGUUGUCUGAGCAUCAUCGACGAUGGUUUGCCGCACGAACCGAAUCAUCUUUCUUUCCUUUUUUCUGUUCGUUUUCGAGGGGGAAGAGCCAAGAGCCGUGAAUUCUCUACAAGCAUUUCCCUUCUAUCUGAUCCACGGCAUCGCAUCGGCCAACCUCGCUUGACCAUAUCCCAUCGGUAUCAGUUUAGUCCUGAACUGUACGCCACACGGAUUGGUUUAUCAUCGGCACCGUUUGUUUCUCGUUGUCGUUUUUCCAGUUAUCGCGAAGAUGUGCAGUAACUUACUGUCGACCGUGCUCGUGAAACUAUCGCUAAUUAUCAUAGCGUUCGCGUUCAACGAGGAUCUCUACGAAGGGAGUCCGUGCACGUUGGAAAAUGGAGCUCCAGGUGUCUGCAAGAGGUUGCCCGAUUGUCCACCUAGGUUGGCCGAGGUGGAGGAAGGCAAAAGGAGCUCGUCCCCUGUGGGAAGAUGCGGGUUCGACGAUUUCAUCGAAAUUGUCUGUUGCCCGGCGAACGUUUCCCAGAAAAUAUUCCGUCGUCCUGCUGAAGUUGCCUGCGAGCAAUACGAUACAACGAUAGGAUCAAGGAACGGAGAAUCGGGCGCCGAAGAUUUGACUCUUCACAUAUUCGGUGGAGUCGAGGCACGGUCCGGUGAAUUCCCGUACAUGGUAGCUUUGGGAUAUCAGAACGACGUGGGUAUUAAAUACAGUUGUGGGGGUAGUUUGAUAUCGUCUCAACACGUGUUGACAGCAGCACAUUGUGUCAAUAAUGUAAAUGAGAUAGUGCCUAUUGAAGUACGGUUGGGAGACGAGAGUCUCAAUAGCACCGCGGAAAGCGUGCAGCGAAUCUCGAUAAGCGACAUAAUAUCUCAUCCGAAAUACAAACGCAGCGCACAGUAUAACGACAUUGCAAUUUUGAAGCUGAAAACAAAGGUACAGCUAUCCAAUACAGUGAAGCCUAUCUGUUUGCAAACCAGAUCAUUGAAUCAUAUGACAGUUACAUCGAGAACGGCUUUAGUAGUGAUCGGAUGGGGUGCUACGAGCUUCGACGUUGAGAAUUCUGUUAAAUUAAUGAGGACGCAUACUCUCAGCGUCAUGAGUAGGGAGGAUUGUGCGAAGUAUUACUCCGGAUUCCUGAAGUUACCUAGGGGUAUCGAUGAGAACCUGAUUUGUGCUGUAGACAGGAAUGAAACGAGAAGAUCUGACGCUUGUCAAGGAGAUAGCGGAGGGCCGCUUUUAAUGUUGACUGAGAAAGGCGAUAGAGUGAUUGGAAUCACGGCGUUUGGACAGAGUUGCGGUACCAAAGUACCGGGUGUAUAUACCGCCGUGUACUCUUACCUAGAUUGGAUCGAGGAACAUGUGUGGAUAGGGGACAAAGCGAAAGAAAGCCGCAAGCUAGAACCGCCAACACAAGGAGUCGUGAAAACGGGAUUCAUUAAUAUUACGAUCACGUAUGAAUGAAAUGGUAUUCACUCAUGUUACGAAUUGUAAAAUGUCGAUAAUGUGUACAUUCCUAAUGGAAGUUUAUUUUUAAUGCGGAGAUUACUGUGCGGAAUGGGAUGUUAAUCGUAUGAAUCUUAUAUGAACGAAGAUUUGAUUGUUUAGAUUAUUUGAAAGACUGAUUAGUGCAUUAUGGGAUUUUGUGGACCACAAAUUGCUCUUUUUUUUUUUUUUAAUUUCCGAUUCUAUUGUGAAUCACGAAUGUAUUUUAACAUCUUUUUAAAUCAGAAUAACUGAAUUAUUAUACUACAAACUGAAACGAUUUUUGCAUAUUUCGAUGUUUCUAAAGCUGCAUCUACUCUAUACAACAAAAUGUGUUACGAAUCUCCACUUGUUAAAAACCUUAAGGUAGUUGGUCUCUCUUUUAUUGAUAUUGAUUUGAUCUCGAAACGAUCUGUCUUUCCUACCAUUUCAUACUCAUUAUCCGAGAUUCUUAUUAUGUAAAAAAUGUUUCUCACACAUAAUUUAUCCAACGAUUGCGUUUUAUCAAAUCAACAUUUUUAUGAUAUGAAUAUUUUAUAUUUAAAAAUGAUUCUUUUUAUUGUUUUAAACGAAGUUAUAUCUGUGAAUCCUUUCGAUGUGCAACAAUGUGGACGGUUAAAGAAGGUGUGAAGGCGGAACGAAAGAGGGAUGUAAACAUUAACAAAACCCUCUUUUAUUUAUUCACAUUCUGUACAAAUGUAUUUUACAUAAUAUGUUACUGUGCCAACUUAAGUAUCGGGCGCCGAUUUUUAAUACUCUUGAUACGAAGUACAAUUGUUACAAUCGAAUGUAAACGAUCUUUAAAAUAAAGUAGAAAACUUUGUUAGAAAACAUAAA